UCCCAGCAGCACCACACGUGGCCAUCAGGGCCACGCCCACUUCCGGCUGCUCCGCACCAGCAUGGCCGCUUUGGGAACUUUGCUCUUGAUAGGUGUCCGGAGGCUGCACGGCAGCGCGUCGGCUCGGGCGGGCGGCCAGUGGCGCCUCCAGCAGGGCCUGGCCGCCAGCCCUUCCGGCUACGGGCCGCUCACCGAGCUCCCGGACUGGUCGUACGCGGAUGGUCGUCCUGCUCCUCCAAUGAAACGACAGCUUCAAAGAAAAGCCCAGAGGGAAAAGUUUGCAAGACGUGUGGUACUGCUGUCACAGGAAAUGGAUGCUGGGUUACAGGCUUGGCAGCUCAGGCAGCAGGAGAAGCUGCAAGAGGAAGAACAGAAACAGAAAAACGCUCUUAAGCGCAAAGGGACAUUGCUGCAGAGCUCACUGGAAAGUCAAUAGGAAGCAACUCUUAUGCCCCUGCCCAGCCUUUCUGGCUUUCUUUUCCACCACCUGGAUGUCUCAUCUCAGCUAGAAGAGAGCCUUGUGUCCUGUCCUGUUACCCCCCACCUCCAUGUAAAACGAGGUGGCACACCAGGAAGAACAGGCCAUAAGAUCUUCAGGAAGUGGCUCAGAGCCCUGAUCCCUUGCUCCACCAGUUGCAUUGAAUGUUCUGUAAGGCUUUUGUCCCCUCCUUUGUGGACCACAGGACUGGCCCAACUUACUAGCAAUAGUUGCUCUGUGAACAUGAAAAGUAGGCAGCAGUUUUCCUGGCUUUAGCCAGCAUGCAUGUCUUUCAUGAUGUAUGCAAUAGUAGCUCAGCCAUGUGCUGUAGCUAUUUCAUAAGUACUUGGAAAAAUAAGUAAAUAAAAGCAAGCUUAGACAAAAAA